AUGGGUGCUGUGCUCGUGGAUGUGGGUGUUGUCUUGGCCGCAAUAUUGAUCCCACGCGCCGUCUUGGAGUUGGACAUUUGUCGCGAAGAAAUAAGCAAACUUGCUAAGCACCGGAUCACGCGAGUCGCCAUAUGGGGGCUUGUCGGUGAUAGCUAUGAGAGCCCGUUUGAUAUGAUUGAUGCACCACCAAGCUACGAGCAGAUUGCGAAAGACAAGGCUUCCACAAAAAAGAAGGAUAAGACUCGCUGA